CUCUCCUGCUACUGCUAUGACCACUCCACUGGAAGAUGCAAUGGACACCUUGAUCAGGAUUUUCCAUCAGUACUCGGGCAAAGAAGGAGACAGAAACAAGCUCAGUAAAGAACUCAAGGAGCUCCUCACCAGUGAGCUCACUGACUUCCUUUCAGGCCAAAAGGACCCCCUCAUGGUCGAAAAAAAUAUGAAUGACCUGGACUCCAAUAAGGACAAUGAAGUGGAUUUUAAUGAAUUUUUCAUUCUGGUUGCUGCUUUGACAGUGGCAGGUAAUGAUUUCUUUGAAGAACAGCUAAAGAAAGAGGAAUUUUAAAAAUCCUCUAUGUAAUCAAUCUCCUGGCCACAAAUGCAAGCAAAGCAUGCCUAGUUAGGUAGCCUUCAUUGGUGUUUAGUGAAUGCAAACCAUAAUUCCUCCAACUGUUACUGCUCUAUGACAUUUAUGGAGCUGAUCAGCAGCUGGUGUAAGCUGGACCACAGCCAGCUUACACUACUUGAGAUGUGCAAUAUUUCCAGUCUUUGCACUCCAUGCAUCUGUAACAUGCCUUCAUCAGUUGGCCAGGUCAAGUGCUUGGGGUAACAGAUCAUUUGGCACGAGUUGAGACUUCCAUUUCUUCAAUGUCAGUGGAAAGUAAAAGGCAUGGGAAUGUUACUUAUAUACUUUCUGAAUGGAAAAAAUCUGGAAUGAGACAUAACACUUGCAAUUUAGUUUUCAGUCAUUUUAUAAUAAUCUUAUUUUGCAGCUCAAAACCAGGAGAUUCUUUUUAGCUCAGUUCUGCUUAUUCUAAAACCUUGUUAACUGCUGCUCCCCACACUCAUAAUUCUGAUGUGGUCACAGCUGUCUCUUGCUGUUGGAGCAUACAAUACUGCUUGCCAUUGUUAUGGGUUUCAUUUUGUCCUGUCUCCAGCUUCAAUUUUGUUCUAUUGGCAUUGCUGCAUCCCAGUAGUCAACCUCUUCACUUGGCAUAAAUGAAUUUAUUCGUAUCAUGAAUUAUUAAGUACGUAGAAGAUUUAGUCAGCAAAUUGCUUGGAGGGCUGAUGGGUCUUUGGGGGAAAUGUGUAAAUGCCUUCUGCUUUGACUACUUUGGCAUGGUCAAAAGGAGGCCUUUUACGACCACUUGUGGAAGAUUUAAUGAUGAAAUUCCAGGGUACAACUUUGUAAUGUGAGUCAUCUUACGGAAAAAUGAUUAUUUCCUCUUACACUGAUCCCCACUCUGUAUGAAAGCAGGGGUUCUCUGAGUGCCAUGGCCACGCAAAGAGAGAGUAGGCCAACCCCUUCCAGAGUUAGCUUGCUCUUGGGUUGAGUUAAGAGUAUUUAUACACUCCUGUUUAAUUAAGCAUACUUCUGAAGUCCUGCAAGUCCUCAGUGGCAAGAUAUUGUGGCUUUUUUUCCUGCAUGGAGAGCUCUCUUAUUUCCUUGUUAGUUUGCUAAUAACUUCUAACUGUAAUAAAGGGCAUCUGAAUUAAAAGAAGAUUUUCUCUUUGUGUAAGACAUUAUUUAAAACAACACUCCCCAGUGAAGAUGUGCCCUGCUAGGCAACAUUUGAGGAAUGUAGUUUACUUGUCUCUCCUUCCCAGGCAUCCAAACAUCAUUUUGCAAAGUGUAUAUUUGUAUGAAAUUACAUUUGAUUAAGAAUAUGCAAUUUAUUAUAAGCAAGGGAUUUUGCAGCAUGUAAUAAAUGUAACAAGGGGCAGUCAUCAUCCUAAGAAUGGGGCCACCACCAAAUGAUGUUAUCCCAAAAAGAAAAGCAAACUUUGCAAAGGUGACAGAGCCACAGCAUGCUUUAACCCUUCAACAACAAAGUUAUACAGGAUUCACAAAAUAUCUUCUAGACCAGCACGACAGAAAGUACAAAAGUAAAACUGGCAACAACUGGAUAACUUUUUGUCCCCUUUAAUGUCAUGCAUCUCAAUAUCAUUGCAAGUGUUGGACCAGGAUGGCAAAAGUAUCAUCCAGAAAAUACAAGACCACUUUUAUGGUUUCUCAUGGGCCCCAGACUGUUGCCAGCUGCUCAGCCGUUCCCGGUCCUCCAAGGGAAAGUGAAAGAAGAGCUGUUUAAAGCUUCAACUCCAAGCUAAAAGGAGUAAGGUUAUCCCAGUAAAAACCAGUUCCUUGUUUAAAAAAUUUGAACAAGAAUCUUUCUGGAAAGAAGCUCCAGAAAGAAGCCCAUCCCUGAUAAACCCAUGUACAUGCAGCAGCCCAUGUGCAUAGCAGAACUAUGCUGGGUCACAGCAGGCAGCAACAAUUUGUCCUGGAGUCAGGCAGCAAGAGUCAUUGCUGUGGUGGAGAGGGCCAGCAGAGCCAUCUCAUCAGCUGAAUUUACUAAGGAUCGUGCGCAUCCUAACUGCUCUGUGGAAGGGGCUUACUUGUAGAUGAGGUGUGGGAGAAUCAGAGGAGAAUGACUCAAAUUGUCUUUUUUCCAGCAAAAUUUCAUAAAACCUCAUAAAUCACUGUUUUUAGCUUGUCUUGUUAGACAAGCUGUUUGUUGCUGUUUUAACUACAAGGACAAAUGUUAAACUCUGUCUAUUCUGUCAGAAGAAACUUUUUUGUACAAAGACUGGAUACCAAGCAGAAAAGUAAGAAAAUGCACAAAAAACAUUUAAAAGCUCAAACCCACAAAGCCUUCACACAAUAUGGGGCCCUGGGGUAAGAGUAGCCAUCCUAUACUUGGGCUACCUAUGGGCUGACCCACUACACCAGUGGCCCUCUCUCACUCCUCUCCGCAGGAGGCAACUAAUGUUCCAUUAGAGCAUUAGCUGUUCCAGUAGACAUCACUUCUAAGAAAGAUAUAUGAGGAUCACCUGAAAGUUUUGAAUUGCCUCUGAGCCAGAAAAAAACUGUGAGCAAUCCUCUGUUCUGUAAGCACUCCUCAAGAAGGAAAAUGGCAUUGAAGGCAUUGACAUUGGCUAUGCAAGAGGGUGCAUACAAGGCCAACCUCACUAUGAACAUGAUGUCCUGCAGAUGUGAACCUUUUUGGGUUUUCAUUCUCUCUUUCAAACCUGAAGGCAGUAUUUUUUUUUCUCAUUGUUUACUGACAUUUUCCUGCUGACUUCAAUUCUGUAGUUUAUGGAUCUAGGGAGCACUUUGAAGUUUUAUAUGCAGAUCAAGCUUGCUGUGUGGCUUUCUCCAGAGUGCCUCAGCAUUAGGAAUGAUGUCUAAUUACAGGCAUUUUUUCCUUUUGUUAUAUCAGGCUGUCUUAAAAACCUGUAGAAAAUUGAACACCAAAACAUGGCCUGAUAUUUUCAAGUUAUAUCAAAGACCAAUAAAAAUACAACAAUGCCAGACAAGAUCUUUUCUAUAUAUUGUGAAAUUGCUUUGCUUGACAUCUAAAGAGCAGAUUUGCAGAAGAUGAAUCCCACUAUCUUGAAAGUCUCAGCCUCUGCCAUUUGCUUUUAUUUCAGUUCGAAAGAGCUUUGAAGUGCCUGUGCAACUGGCAACACAAAGCUUGAUGCAUUAUCUGUGGGUAAAUUUUUAACUUCUUCAGAUUUGUUAUCCAACUACCAAUCCCGAAGAGCUGUGCAUGACACCACCAUGAAGGCAAGGAGUUUGUAAUGGAGCUGUGCCUCCAAGCUGUGACUUACCAGCUAGGUCCAGUAGGAAGGCACCACCUUCAAUGAAAAGUGUGGAAGUGAAGUUGGAGAAUCCCAAGCAUCAUGCAAGGCAUCAAGUGCAAUGGGGUAACAAUCUUCCACAACACUGUUUUCUCCCUGCAAAGAUGAGAGACAAAGUUGCCUGGCAUUGGGAGACGGAAAAGAGAAGUGACCCCAGGAGCCAGCAGAACAGAUGAUGUUUCCAGUAACUAGUAACUUUAUUAAUUGCCAUCCACCAAUUGUAGCAGUGCAGGUCCACCCCAGGUACCUCAGCCACCCAAGGCAGACCCCUUUUCCAGGCUCCAUGCUAGAACAUAAAGCAGGGCAGGGCCAGGAGAAAAACUCUCAGGGACAGCCCAGAGUCCAUCAUAGGAGCUCAACAGCACACAUAAAAGAUUCAGUUCCUCUCUGAUCACAGCCUUGAAAAGGUUGGGUAAAAGGUCGCACACAAAACUUGUACCUGAAAUCAGAUUAAUCUAUAUAAAGGUUUUUGACUGGCAGGAAGAUUUAGAUUUAGAUUAAGAUUUAUACUGUGAUGUGACAUCAUGUGCAUGUCUAAUAAGUGCUUUGAUUGACAGGCCAUGAAUUAUUGCAUGUGUCUUUAGGGAUAAUUACAUCUGUUGAAUAGCACUAUUAUUUGAAGGAAAAAGGGGUAACAUUUUCAAUUUGAUCUUUCUUCUGCCACAUGAUAUGGCACGAGAGAGAAUGUUUAAUUUAUGAUCUGGAAAUCCAUUUUCUAAAUUAAUUCUGUCCACAUCCUUUCCUCUGAGUUGGAGGGUGGUGGCCUAUAGACCAGGCAGCCAUUAAAGAGAGCACAUGAAUGAACUUGAGCAAAAAUAUUUUAAAAAAAAGAAACACCAAAAAAUUUGUCAUUUUUAAAUACCAGCUCUCAGCCACCUGCUAUCAGUUGUAUAUAAGGGGCAACUCCCAAGGAAGAGAACUGCAGCUGCAUCCACUUAUUUUGCCCUUGCAAGCAGAUUCUCAGCUGAUGUAAAAUGACAGAGCCUAUUGCACUCAGUGGCAUAAUUUUGCAGCAGCUGAGAACAUGUGCUUGAGACUCUAAAUUAGCCUUCAAUGGAAGGUUGUGUUUCUGUGAGCUGGUUGGCUAAAUAAGGACAUGUCUAUAAAACUGCAAAUAUUGCAACAAGACAGCAAAGAGGAAGAGAGAAGAAGUAGUUGCUCAGAGCCUAGGUCUUUGGGGGAAAAUCAGUGGAAAAUGUUCCUGUCACACAUUUGCUUUAAAUUCUAAGCUGCCCUCUCAAGUCCUGGUUGACUGCGUGGGGUGCAGAGCAAUCAUUAUAGUAUAGCUUUCAAAUAUCUGGCAGUGGACUCUGCCUUAAAACUCCAUGUAUGGCUUUGAUUUUACAUUCCCAGUAGUUCCAUGAACUCAGAAAAGCACUACAGAAUAAAGCUAUGGCAGAAAGAAGAUCUGUGUGUAGAGCAAGUUAUAAAGGGCAGAAAAGCAACUGAAACACCUGGAGCACUACUUAAGAUUGUUUUUUUGGAGUAGAAAAAUGGUGAGAAGUUGAGACUGCUGCAGAAAGAUGUAAAUUCCUCAGCUCUGGCUGGGGACAUCAAGUAGCAGUAGCAAACGGAUCCCUGUGGCUGAGUGAUGUGUCUGGAUGACACAGGGCUGGAGAGUUCCAUCCCAUUGAACUAUUGAUGCUUUCAGUAGAUGAAAGCAAAACUGGUUUUGCCCUUGCAGUAAUGACGGAAUUCUGCAGUUUUAGGAAAAACCUCUCUCUCAGAGGAGGGGGAUUUUUGGUCAUUUUUGGUGCCCUAGGAAUAAUACUGCAAGAAGGAGAAUAGUUUAUGUUUGAAAUGAAAAAGCCCAUUACUGCACUUGAGCUAAAGAUGCCCUGUAACAUUGCUAGCAAAGGCAAAGCUGCUUUUACAGGAGGUGGGAAAAUGCUGACCAGGUGAGCCAAGGUCCUUCAACGUAAGUGAUUUCUACACUAACACAAGAUAUUCCUGUACUUUCACCUAAAAGCAUUUGGGGCCUAACUGAUCAAACUGGCACUGCAGACUGCACAAUACUGGGGAUGACUGGUAAGGAAUCACACACAUGAAAAACAAAGGACCAUGUAGAGGGAGCAGUUGAAAGGAUAAAUAUAUUAUGUUGGGUAUGCUGACAUCUCUUAUCUGACUCAUACUGACUGCCUGAAUUGUGUAACAGUUCACAGUGUUUCUGAAGCUGGGUCCAUUACUGUGAUGUCUAACACUACCAGAAUUGUGUUGAAUUACAGUUUUUUUUGGAUGAGAAUGAUUCUCCUCAGGGAAAGUCAUUUCAGUUGAGAAAUUCUUGUCCUUCUUGGAUAAAAAAACCCAAAACAUCUUAAAAUAUCACUUAGGAAAAUGGUGCUUUGUCAAAGGUAAAGCUUGUACUUCAGAGAUUAAACAAAUUUUGAAACAUGAUAUGUAGAAAUACAGGGAUUUCUCAACACAGCUGCAAUUAUAUUCUUUGGAAUAAACUGGCUCAGCAUUGAAAACAAAGUGAUAAAUGUUCUAGUAGCCCCAAGCUAAACAGAAAAUUUGGGAGAGAAGGAACAGGGGCUGUUGCUUUGGGGAGUGUCGCUGGGAGAAAGUUGCACCCGUGGGAAAGGAGAUGUAGAAUAGGAUGUGACCUGGGCCAGAAGGGUUAGACUUCCAAGCAAAGUCUAGAUGCAGUAACUGUGCCAUGUUUUGGAAAGUAGACUCUUCUUCUGCAAGGGCACUGGUACUGAUCAGACUAGCUGCUGCAGCUGGCAAAAGCAAAUAUGAUGGGCUCAAAGAGGCUGCCUGGGGGCCAUGCUGACACCUGUGUGCAGCUCUGGUGUGGAGGCCUUCUUGCAGCAACCCUUGAGGGCAGAGAUUCUGUUUAAAGGACCCACAGAGGAGGAAAGUCCAUGCUAAAAAUAAACAGCUCAAGAAACAUCCGGAACCUCUCCUAACCCCAGAACAAUGGCAUGUGCUUUUUCCAGUCACCUAUUCUCAUAUCUCUUUUCUCCUUCCUGAGAAAAAAACUUUUCUCCCACUUCUUGGCCCUAACUGCUUUGUGUAGAUGCUGGUUGACUCAGAGGCAGAGCUGGUAGUGAUAACCGCCCUCAGGGUAAUCUCAGUGUCUGAAUAUAAUGUUUGCUUGAUUAUUUGUAACCCGCUAUACUGUGAGUUUCACAAUCUUUGCUUUUAGCCAAUGCCAUAAAUAGAGUUAAUGCAACACUUAUCAUCAAGCCUGCAUGAUGCUGAUAGGCUUUCAGUUCAUAAAUCACAUGCGUUUGUCAUCCCUCUGAGCCACUUAAUGUGACAAAUCACACCAUCUCUUGUGUCAAACUGCCCAGAGUUAACAAGCCACUCUUACUUCACCUUAUGGAAAGUUCAGCUCUAUUUAAAGCCAAUUUAGACGCACACAGAGAAGUAAUAGAAGUGGUGUUACAAAGAGAUGUGUGGUGAGGUUUGGAAGAGGCUUGUCAUACCCAGUUCAAAGCUGAGGCAGACAGGUAGCAACAGAAAUCAGUGAUGGAGAUGUGGACUGACUACAGAGGGAGAACUGUUGGAAUACCUGCCUGAUAUUGAAACAAAGACAAGACUAAAGGAUUGAAGCACAAAAUGUGUUCUCAGACUUUGUGUUUUAGCUGCUGGAAAUGCUCUCCUUCAGCUGUCAUUGCAACUCUGAUUGGGUUCUUGCAAAAAGGACAUAUCUUCAGACCAUUGACAGGGUCAAUUUACUUUAGCCACGCUGAAUUCUAUCUUUCCUAUUGUAUGUCCAUAGUCCUGUGUGCCAGGAACAGGAGCUCCUUACAUGUUUGUCUUUGGCUCAGAUAGAGUUUGAAGUGAAAUCUUGUACAUGUCUGUAGCAAAGACAUGGUUUCCUAAUGGCUUUCAGGACUGUGAUUUGCUGUACAGUCUUCCCCUUGUUUUGUUUUCUGUGGUAUUAUUUCAAAGCAGUGAUUAAAUGUGAUUUAGCAAAGAUGGGAAAAAAAAAUUUAGCCUUCACUGUAGCAGUUGUGACACCAUAGACACUAGAUUUCUUUCUCACCUUAAUCUGGGCUAACUGAACCCAUUGUUCAGAAACAAUAUACUGAAGGAGUCACAAACAGUUGAACAUGUAUCAUUAAACUAGAAGUGAUGUGUAGCAAUCUCCUACUCUUCAAAGACACUGAUAUUGGUAUGAGACCUGCAGCCACAUGAUAACAAGACAGGAAUGACUAGUACUACGUCUUUGAGACACCAUGAAGGAAACGAAAAGCUAACCCCUGAAUGAAUUCUCAAUUAGAGUGGGAAAAAGCAUAAGGAAAAUAAAUGUAGCUCAGCACAAUGUUUAGCAGCCAACACAAUAUGAAGUUUAAAGCCCAGUCAGAUGUCUCACACUGUGCAUGACCUUACAUGGCAUCUCUUCAGCCAGCACUGAGCAGUAGUGAGAAAUCAGCAUGAACAGCUGAGGACAGAGUGCCUGAGGCAGGACUGCUCCUCUUCCCUGGAGCAGUUGUACUGCAGUCUCACUGCUGCUUCUCUCAGUUCAAGAAACCACCAGUCAUGGACAAGCAGAGGAGCCCCCAUGGGACAUGCAGCAGCCAGGCUGAUCCCUGAUCCUGUGGCGUGAAUCUUGCUUGGAACUGUGUCUAUACAGAAAAUAUUAACUCAUGUUUAAGACCCUGAUGCUAGUGAGAUGUUUGGUCUGCUCGAGCCACUUGUGUAAGAAGUCAGGCUGCAGCUGAGGUGUAAGAAGAGAUGGGCACCCAUGGGACCCUUUUUGAGAGCCAAAAUAGUUCAUAACACCUGGCCCCUCUUUGCUACAGGGAGGGAUCCCUAAGGAUUGUCUGUAGCUCCAGCACUUCUCAUUAAGAAAUCUCACUAGUGAGCACUUCAUGUGUAUUCUUCCUGUGACAACUACUUUUACUUUUUAUGAGAAGAAGCUGCAUUUACCAUCUGUAUUAUAGGACAAAGCAUGAUUUGAUCAUCAUGGGGGAGGGUAAAUGGAGUUUGUUUCACUACAGUCUUUAUUCAGCUUUAUUUUCUCCACUUCUUACUCCAGCUGGGA